AUGUCGUCGUCGGAGGCGUCGACGCGGGCCGAGAUCCGCAGCGUUCUUGUCAGACACUGGCGCUCCCUCGACCGCGCACGUCUUCACACCAUCCAUUUCUGGCUGCUCGCUUACGCCAUCGCUCAGAUCUUCAUCGAGUACUACUUCACAGAAGUUUAUACGGUUAGUCAACUUGGUCCUUCUAAAAAGAGAAUUUGUAAAUUUUUUUCAAAAAAAUUUUCAAGAGUUUUUCUUUUGUUUUGAAAUUUUUUUAUAGCAACUGGGUUUAAUUGUUGAUGGUCGACAAUUCUUGUAAAAACACGCUUCAAGUAUAAUUUUGAAAAAAAUUUGAAUAAAAAGUUUAAUUAAUCCCUUCUGGCGUCAUUGUAUAAAAAAACUUGUUUAACUAGCUUUUUUUAUUUUUUUCAAAUACUUUUUUUACUCUUCAAAAUGACUUUCAAAAAGAGUAAAUUUUUAUGAGAUUUUGAAUAAGAUUAAAAGUCACUUGCUGGUUAUUACUCAAGAAGCUGUGAAGGUGUUCCUAACAAAAUAGCUCAAUAGAAAAAUUAGAACCUUUGCCGAAUGAAUAUUACUUUUCAUUUAGGUUUUUUUUUCUUUUUUUUUCUUUUUUUUCUGUUUUUAUAUAUUUCUCAUGUAGUGCAAUUCGAAAUUUUUUGCCUGCCGAGAAGUUGGCAAAAUGCCUGCAGACACAUCUCGCUGGGGUCAUAUUUUUCAUAACUUGUCAAAAGCACCGCUCUCCGUCGUUCUCUCACAAUGCGUUGUUUUUAGGUUCUUAUGGAGGCACAGCAAGUUCAGACGUCCGUUGACAACAAAACCCAGGUAUCCUUCUCGGAAAGAUGAGGCUGUCUUCGACGUGUAUUCGGUUCCGAAAUUCCCAUGAGCGCGAAAUUGAAGACGUCGCCGAGCCAAGCUCGGGAAAAUCGUCUUUGCCUUGCUUUACCAAUUGGUCGAUGGCCUGCUGAUUUGAAAGAAAAUGGCAAAGAGCUCAGUUUAAACCUAGUCACUGAAGAAGGAAUGUAUCAUGAAUCAAUGAAUCAAAGAAGGCUGUUCCUAAAAUCAUUUCAUCAAAUUGAAAACAAGAUUUCAUUGUUUUUCAUGGGGGUUUCCUGGUAUUGAGCGCUCAAAAAAAAAACCUCAUAUAUUGCUUUUUAUGUAUGAAUUCACAGUAUGAAUCAUAUUUUUCAUAUUUUUAAAACUCUUCACUCCAGAAGAAAGAAAAAGUUACCUCGAAAAAAAAAACUCAAAAAAGAUGACCAGAGGUUCACGCAAAGAAGCCACUUCUAAAACAUUGAUUAGAGAGAGAUGAAAAAUGGUUGAAAAGGUAGGUCUUCUUGAUGUUUCUAUAAUAAGAUUCUGCGAAGCUCGAAAAUUAUAAAAAAGGUAAGAUUUAUUUUUAAUCAUUAUGAUUUUAAAACAAAGAGCAAAAAUCGAAAAAAAAUUUCAAAAAACUCUAUGUUUGGAAAGCGAGGUUUUUCAAAGAAACUGUUGCAGGUGAAAGAAUGGUCACCGUUUUGUUUUUACCUGUCUUUGGUUUUCAUCGCCUACAUUUUGGCAACAUGUUUUGCCAUACGAUUCCGUCAGCAGGUUGGUGGAAAUCACAAAGUUCUGUUUUUUUGUGAACUUAUGCAAAAAACUUUGAAUGUCUCUGAAUACUAUCGAAAAUGCUGUCUCUUAUUUUAUUUUUUUCGUUUCGCACAGCGUCUCGACCGGUUUAAUCUCACAGAAAGAAGGUCUGGGUCUGGUGCUGCUCUCUCUAUCGACUUGUGUCCUGCUGCCGGCCUUCUCCUGGAUCGUCCAUCUGCCUGUCAUCGUCUUCGUCAGCAGGGUUCCAAACAAACCCAAAAAUUGUCAAUUUUUGGAGAUUUAGGAGCGGAUCCAUCUGAAUGAGUACGACCACGACGCCUUGUACACCAGCCUGUGCAUUUCCUCAGUCAUUCAUUUCUUCGUUUUGCCUCGCCAUAGACGCAUUUUCCUUGUCGUCGCCAUAACUUGGAUCAUUCUGAACUUCUUCCUGCUCUUGUUCAUCAAUUGGGAUGCUCUCAAAGCUAACCCAUUAUUUCUUUGCUCGGUCAGUGACCGAUGUUGAUACGAUUAGGAAAAAGAACGGAUUUUCAGUGCAUUACCAUGCUUCUGCACCAGUCGAUCAUUGCUUGUGUUGGCUUGAUAGCGGACUCCAAUGAAGCUGGUGGGAUACGGAUUCUCAUGAAGCUUCAUCUCUCUUUUCAUAGGCAACAGAGCGGAAAUCGCGAAAAAGCUCACUGAAGCCGUGUAUCGGAGGACAGAAUUAGAAACGUUGAAAGAUCGACAAGACCAACUGUUGCUGUCGGUGAUUCCGGCUUAUCUAGCAGAUCAGGUGCUUCUUCCGGAGACACGAGGGAAAACUGAUUUUUCAGGUGAGCAAGAGCAUCAUCCAGUCUAGCAGUACUGCGACCGGGAAAGGAGGAACUCAGAAACAUCACAAGCUUUUCCACGAUCUUCACGUUCAGGUACACGACAACGUCAGGUGGGCUUCAGGAACCUUUCUUCGAAACUCUCUUUCAGUAUAUUAUUUGCGGACAUUGUCAACUUCACUGUUUUGGCUGCUCAGCUCACAGCGAAGGACUUGGUCCGAACGCUCAACGAGCUGUAUAGCAAGUUCGAUCGAGAUGCUCAGGUAGUCAAGUUCGCUGUUGAAAUUGCAGAUUGCCUCGAAAGUUAUCUUGCAAAAACAUUCAUGAAAGAUGGUCUAUAUUUGUUUUCUUGACUUUUUCAGUUAUAUUUGUGUUGAAUUUUAUUAGAUAUGUCGUACCACAGAGGUUGAUUUAUCAGAAUAUUUUUAUAACAAGCUAUCAACUUCAACUUCUUAUAGUUAAACGAACUCAUUGACUUCGAAAAAAAAAAAUAACAAUGUUUAUAUUGAUUAAGAAGAAAAAUUUUGUGAUAAUGAAAAUAACAUUGAAGCGUUUGCAAUGCAUGAGAAUCAAGUUUCUCGGCGACUGCUACUACUGCGUCUCCGGAAUGCCGGUCAACAGACCCAACCACGCCGACAUGUGCGUCGUCAUGGGUCUCGAGAUGAUCAACACCAUCAAGUUGGUCGAGGAGUACUCCUAUGGGUUUUGGGAGGGUUCAGACAAGUGCGGAUCGCGACGGGAGUCGACGUGAAUAUGCGGAUCGGUGUACACACUGGAUCCGUCCUUUGUGGCAUCAUGGGACUCCGAAAGUGGCAGUUCGACAUCUGGAGCGAUGACGUCACUCUCGCCAAUCACAUGGAAUCAGCAGGAGUACCUGGGUUCGACUUUUGGCCUUUCAAUCGUUCAAGAAGCGCCGAGAAUACUUUAUUCUUCGCUCCAAACCCUGCUUUCAGGGCAGUUCACGUCACAAAAACGACGAGGGACAUGCUUCUCGGCGAUUACUGCAUCGUUGAAGCAAAGUGAGAUUCCUGCAAGAAAUCACUAAAAAAAUAAUGCAUUAGAAAAAAAUUGAAAUCCUGUCAACAUAUUGAAUUAUUUUAUUUUUCGAAUAGUUUUAAAUAAAAAAAUGAACUUAAUUAAUACAUUAGUCAUUUCCUAAAUUUCAAAAAUUCAUACAAGGAAAUUUUUAAAUAAAGUUUCUGUUCUCAAAAAAAUUAUUUUUACAAAUAUGAUUCCUAUCUUUGACCUAACUUUUUUUAAUUAUUAAAAAAAUUUCAAUAUCAAAAAAAUUCCAUAACGAUCUCGAUAAUGAACUACUAAUCCUAUUAACAGUUUGAGAAAAACAGCAAAUUUCAUAAAUUUUGGGAAAUUAGAAAAUUUGAAUGGCUAUCGCUGUUACAUAUAUAAGCCAACUUGACAUUUUCGAAUUGAAGCACCGACGAUCCGCAUGUUCUGGCACAUGGGGAGCCGACCUACCACAUCUUGCCGGACAAGUCCUCGGUAGUUGAAAGAACGGCUUCCAUUUAUCGGAACAGGUCCUGUGGAGAAGUUUUCUCAAGGAACAAACAGUUCUUGCAGAAGAACCAUCGAGUUGAGCAGCACAGACAGAAACGUCAAUCGCCUCAUGACGAGUCCUGCUGUGCAGAAUCGCAUGAGCAUGAAAGCAAAAGUUUUUUUCGUUCAUACAAAGUUCGAAAAAAUUAAUUUAGGUCUCAAAAAUGGUGGAGUUUUGGGGCGCUGAAACUCCUUUUGCGAACUUCAAUUGUAAGAAGUCUUCAACGUGUCAUGACCCCGGAUUGAUAACGGUGACCAGAAAAUUUCCAUUUUUGAAUUUCACUUAUUUUAGGAUGAGACACCUCGAAGGCCGCACUACAGUAACACGAUCCAAUCAAUGACUCUCAUAGAAAAUAAUUUAACGAACUUUUCUUUCAACAAGUGAGAAAUUCAUCCAAAAUGAUAAAUAUCUUUCUUGUAGCUUGAACAACAUGUUCAACUGUCAGUUCCCAUCGAUUCAAUCGUCCCCAAGCCUACUUUGGCCUUUUAGGUACGUUCUGAGGCUUUUCCUCCGCCCUCAUUUUUUUUAACGGGAAAUCAAUUCAGUAAUAAAGCAAUAAUCUGCAACUUGUCGGACACUUUCCUUCUGCUUCUCCUGUGUAUUCCAGCGGCGACCGCCAAUCUUCUGCUCUGCUCGCUCUACUGUCCGUAAGUAGAAGAUGAAAAGUGAGUAGGAACGAAAAGUCUGCAGCCCCGACGUCUUGGAGCAGACGGUUCUGCAACAGUUCUUCACGAUAAUCGGCCUCGUUCUUCUCUCGAUCCUUGACCGCGUCUGUCCUUACGCCAGAACCACAAUCACCACCGUCACUUUCCUACUUUCGGCCUUUGUUCCCAUCGGUCCUCAUGUGCGGGUGCUGACUGAAAUCGGAGACAGGGAUCAGUUCAGAUCAUCAUCGCCAAGUCGGACCUUGAAGGCGUCGCCGCCUUCGCUUCGAUGGUCUUUCUCCCGGGCUGUGUCACUCACAUAAUGUCUGUCUUUGUGCUCUACCGACUUCCGUACACUCACAGAAGUCUUCUGUUUGUCAUUGACUUUGUCAUUUUCCAAAUAUUGCUCUCCGUCUUUCCAGUGUACAACGCUCGACCGACCCAAGCUUUUGUGAGGUUGGAAAGAGACAGUUUUUCGAGCCUUUAUUUAUUUCAAUUGUAGCUAUCAUCUCUCCUCGGUUUCGAUUUGUCUUUCGCUACUGCUGGUGCUCCUUCUGUUUAUAGAUUGGAUCGUCCGUGAGAGGCGUAGGCGAGGAGAUCCAACACGGAAACUUGCAGACCAACUACGAGAGGAAGGCGGAGAUGGCGUGCCACGUCUCGUUCCAGAACGAAGAACGCGACGUCGAGACGAUGCAGGACAUCAACAAGCUCCUAAUCGAGAAUAUUCUGCCCUCGAGUGUCGCCGCCAAGUUUCUGUCUCCAGAUCGAGCCGUCAACGUACGUCUUUAAUUAAAUUCGACUGCCUCAGAUCCUUUUUCCCAGGAGCUCUACGCUAAGCAACAUGAAAACGUGUGUGUCAUGUUCGCGUCAAUACCCAAUUUCAAAGACUUCUGGGGGCAGUGGGACACGAGCAGAAAGCUGGAAUGUCUUCGUCUGUUGAACGAGAUCAUCUGCGAGUUUGACAAGGUUGAACAGAUUUUUGAAGAGAUGCUACGAAUUUUUGUUUUGAUGUUGUAGUAAGUUGUUACUGAAAAAAUUACUCGCAAGAAAAGUUCGGAUAUUUGGAACAAAAAGAAACUUUUAAAAUUUGAAUCCGAUUUUUUUAACCGUCGAAUUUUGUUGCUUCGUAAGUCCAAUGAAGGUUUCACAGAAUCGUUAACCUUUUUGGCGCGGAUUAACAUAAAAAUAAUAUCAACUACAUUUUAUUAAUUUUUCUUUCAUAGUUUUUUUAGGAUAAAAAGUUCAAAAAAAUUCAACAUAAAUAUGCUUUUUCGUGACGUCCAAAAAGAUAGCUCUUUUUAGAGGCAAAGUGAACCAGUUUUUUUGAAUUACAAACAGUUCAAAUAUUCUCUUAUAAUUUCAAGAAAACCCGGUUUUCGAAAAAAAAAAAAUUAAGACCUUUUUGUAAUAUUUUUUUGUAGUAUAAAAAAACUGUUAAAAUAAGAACUCACGAACUUGAAUUUUUCUUUUUCAAGUUUCCAUCAACACUGAAUCAAACAUGCCUGCACUAAAGCAAAGAGAGAAACUUGACAACUUUGCAGCUUCUAUCGAAACCAAAGUACUCGAGUAUAGAGAAGAUAAAGACAGUGGCAAGUACUUACAUGGCCGCGGCCGGUCUCAACGAAUCGGAUGCAGAUUACGAAGACGUUCGCUCCAUCAGAAUCUUCCAUAAUAUCAUUCUUGGUUUGAGGUCUACAUCGAUGGCUGGACGCGCAAUGGAAAUAACAACCUUCGAGCCGGAAACAUGGUUAGAUACCUUGAAGAUGGUCUUUGAAAACAAAACUCUGUUUUCAGGCUUUUAGAAACGCUAAUUUGAUGAUUGAGUUUGCACUGGCCAUGUCUCAAAUACUGGACCAACUCAACCGGGAUUCAUUCCAGAAUUUCGAGCUGCGAAUAGGUAUUCUGUCUUUGGCUCUUGCCUUUCGAUCUUGAAAUGAAGCUUGACCAGUCUAGUCAACGGGUCUUUUUCCUAUAUUUCAAAAAUAAAUCACUAUGAUUGGGAAUCAUGUAAAAGAUUCCCUCCUUGGUUUAGCGAACACUCCAAAUCACUGAAAAUUUUAUGGCCUUUCUCAUAUAUUUUUAAAAGUAGUUAGGCUCAGCGGGUCUUUUACUAAUCUAUUUCUUGGCGUUUUUCGUUUGGAAGGAGUUAUAUAGGCCUCAUUGAGGUAAUUGAUUACAUCUUUUUUACCUUCUGAAAGUAGGUAUGAGCGUGGGUCCCUUGGUCGCUGGAGUAAUUGGAGCGCAGAAGCCACAGUACGACAUUUGGGGCAACACUGUGAACUUGGCUAGCCGAAUGGACACUCACGGCGAGCCGCGGAAAAUACACGUACAAAGCUGAGCUCAGAAUUGCAUAAGCUGGUUUUUCGUAGGUGACGACGGACAUGGGUCGAAUAUUGCAGCAACGCGGCUACAAGAUGCAGAGUCGCGGCAAAAUCGCUGUCAAAGGAGUCAAGGUGCGUCUUGGAAGGUUUCAUCCGACAUCACUCUUAUCAGUUCAGGAGCCGAUGGAGACCUUCUUGAUGGAGAUCGACUCCAAACGCAAUUCUUCCAUUUCCACCGACCAGCCCUCGCACUACUACCCUCUUUGA